AAUUGAGCGGUCAGUUGAUUUCACGCCGCCGCCGAGAGUGGACGCGGUUUUCGCCAGUGCUUCUGCAGCUUAAAAUUCGCGUCGCCUUAUCCUCGUUGCCGGGAAUAUUAUUGAAUCGCAAUCCCCAAAGCCAAUCGCGUCGUCGACGAAGAAGUCAGCGCGAUCAAAACAAAACGGGUAAUAUAUCUGCAAUCACACGCCAUGCGUUUGUGUAGAUUGUAACAAAAACAAAAAACCCACAACAAUAUUCGAGAGAAAAACAAAAAAAUAACUGAAUAAAAAAUAUAUAAAUAAAUAACAGCAACCACCCCAUUCCAAUUCCGACUUUGGUGCGGUAGGUAAUGACACAUUCGGAAAGCGGGGCACGUAUUUAGAUGCGAAUGAGCAUAAGUAUCUCUAGAACCGACUCGAGUCCCACCCAUCCAGACCCGCUCCGCCACCAACGACGCCCAUUAGAAUAUAGUAAUAUAUGAGCUUUUGAGAGUGGCAUUAAAUAACGAUAAACCGAACCAUUCCAAAUCCGUCAUGGAGCAGUCAAGGAAUCUUCUAUCAAAACAAUCCAAAGAUGUGGAGUUUCAAGACGUCUUCUACACUGUUAAGGAACGCAAAAACUUUUUUCGCGUCACCGGAGAACGUCAAAUACUGAAGGGAGUCAGCGGCAGUUUCCGGAAUGGUCAGCUCUCGGCCAUCAUGGGGCCCUCGGGAGCCGGAAAAAGCAGUUUACUGAAUGCGAUUUCGGGAUUCAGGAGGGAAGGGGUAACUGGAAGCAUCAAGAUUAAGCGGGACAAUGCCUGCUAUAUAACGCAGGACGACCACCACCAGACGCUCCUUACUGUUGAAGAGCUGAUGAACCUGGCCGCCGAUCUUAAGCUAAAGCAUCGCCACAAAAAGGCCGAAGUCGUUAAUGAUAUUCUAGAGAAUCUUCAUCUUAACCACAGACGCAAUGUUACUGCGGAGAAACUGAGUGGAGGAGAGAGGAAACGACUCUCGAUUGCUCUGGAAUUGGUCGACAAUCCCAAUAUAUUCUUUUUGGAUGAACCGACCAGCGGCCUGGACGAAGUGACGGCGGCCCAGUGCAUCCGAAUGCUGAGGGAAAUGGCCCACGAAGGACGCACCAUUGUCUGUACCAUCCACCAGCCCUCGGCCACCAUAUAUAACUACUUCGAUAGCAUCUAUGUCCUGGCCAAGGGUCACUGCGUCUACCAGGGCAGUCCAAAGGCUACCAUUCCCUUCCUGCGUCUGGCCAGGCUUGACUGCCCAAGGCACUACAGUCCCUCGGAUUACAUCAUAGAGCUGGUGGACGCCGAGGAGGGGCAUUUGGUGCCGACUCUCAGUGAGCUAACCGAGAAUGGCAAGCUCAUCUAUUUGGCCACCCAAUCGGAUUAUUUGGAGGCACCUCUGGAGUCGCAGCAAGCGGUCACCACUAUGUUCGUGGAGCAGCCGAAGCGUCCGUUCCUGCCCGCCUUCUUUGCCGGAAGUGCCGCCUCCACGGACGGUACUCUGAUCGGUGGCACAAGUGCCUUAUUGGAGCAGGUGAAGGCCUUUUCGCGACGUCUUCACACAAAUCGACGCGGCAUUUCCGGAGUGCGGCAGUUUGUGGUCCUGAUGCGGGUGAUGCUCCUGCGGAUAAUGCGAGCUCGUCUGGCCCUGACCAUCCAGUUCUUCCAUCACCUGGUUUGCGGCCUGUUCUUUGGCAUGAUCUUCUUCAAGCUGGGAAACCAGGGAAGCCGCAUGUUCGAUCAUCUCAAGUUCUGCAUCGGUGCGGUUCUCAUGAUCGUCUAUACCCAGGUGAUGGUGCCUAUUCUGAGCUAUCCCGCUGAGGUUAAGGUGGUCAAGAAGGAGACCUUUAAUCGCUGGUACACGCUUACUCCCUACUACAUGGCUCUGACUGUGUCCCGGUUGCCGGUGCAAGUCUUUCUAAACAUCACCUUCAUGGCGAUCACGUACUGGAUGUCCGGACUGCCGGAACAGCUCUGGCGCUUUGGUAUCUUUGUGGCUGUCGGCCUGAUGAUCUCCCUGGUGGCGGAGGGCAUGGGCCUGGCCAUUGGAGCCACAUUCAGUAUAACGGUGAGUGGCAGAGCACACCUGGUAAUGCAUACUUUUUGGCUAAAUUGGAUUAUUAUUUCCCAACAGAAUGGCAGUGUGGUGGGUCCAAUGAUUAUAGCUCCUCUGAUGGGUCUGGCGGUGUAUGGUUUCGAUUUUGCGCCACAGAUCACCGGCGGCAUGCAGAUCCUGAUGAAGUUCAGCUACAUCCGGGUGGGCGUGGUGUCGCUGGUUUUGACCGUUUUCGGAUUCCAGCGCGAAGAGCUGGACUGCGACGAUAUCUACUGCCAUUUCAGUGAUCCCCGAGUGCUUCUCAAAUUCCUGGACGUGGAAAAGGUGUCCAUGCUGCAUCAGUUUGGUCUGCUGGCCAUGCUGAUGCUCUUCUUCCGGGUGAUAAUGUACCUCAGCCUUCGGAAACGCUGCUACACAUGAGCAGCAUCUGGGCCACGGACGCCCCAAAUGAAUCUUACUCUCCAUAGUUGUAGGCAAUGCUGUGAUGUUCUAUUUUUUAUCAGACAUAUGUAUGGAUACUCCCCAUGUACAUAAGCAUCAUUCCCCUGACAGGACAGGAUCGUUAAAAUAGAUCUAAGGCUAGGAUCUAAGUUAGGACUAAGUUCAAGGCACACACCAUCAACGAGCUCCAAUCCAGGACAUAUCAAAGCAUCCGUUUCGGAAACAAAGGUUUUUAAGAGAAAAGUAUUAAAAAAUGAAAAAGGCGAAAUGGAUUCGAUAGUGUUCCAUAAGGAGACAGCACAGUUUAUAAGGUUUUCGUGGUAAAAGUGAUUUAAUUUCGAAUUUUGAAAAAAAUAAAGUCGAGUCUCGUCUAUUCGAGCUU